AUGGCGCAAAGAUUAGAUUCCAGUACCGCAACCUUCUACAAUAGUUUACAGCCACAACAUCGCAGAUUGUACAAAAGCUAUGCGCAAGCCGUCGGAAAACUGUGCGCUCAACUAAGCCGGAAAGAAUUCGUGAGAAGAUGUAGGAAAUAUGGAUUGAACCCAACACACAUCCAGAAUAGUUUUCGCUGCAUCAAUGGUCUUCUUGAAGACGCUAGUCCGUACAGAGGAAGCUUGCAAAAAGCAAUAGACCGCUUCAAGCGAACGAUCAUCAACAUCGAAAUCAAGGACAGUUUCUAUAAGAUCAAACAGUUAGAAGAAACUAAAGUGUCACUCGUAAGUCAGAUAACGCAGGCAACCCCUCCACACAUAUGCAACUCAUUCUUUAGUUGUCAGGAAUGUUACUUUAACAAACAAGGUCGCGCACUCAAAGCAAAAACAGACAGUAAGUUUCAACGCCUAAUGGCGAAAGUGGAAGUUGAGUCGCCUCUCAACUUCACCGUAAACGAGUCGUGGAUACGGAACACCACUGAUGUGGAAGUUCCCAAAGAAACAAUGCUAUUACUAGGAUAUGGUCCUAAGUUCGCCUUGCCUUUCCAGGAUAAUCGAGAAAUUCCGUAUUUCAAGAUUAUCGCAGACUUAGAAUCUAUUCUAAAGCUUGAACCCGACGACACGGUGCAAGCGGCAAGUCGCAACCAGUUCACCAACAUAAUUCACAAUUACGUGAACAAACGAAAAAACGGUUGCUUCAAAUCAUCCACUGAUCCCGUCAAUCAUUUUUUGAUCGAAGCAUACCAUACGACACAAAAGUUCAUCCGUAACAAUCCGGAAAUAUGUAUUGUGGCUGCCGACAAGGGUAACAAAACAGUAAUAAUGAAAAAAGAAGAAUACGAAAUGAAAAUGCAAACCCUUGUUGGCGACAGCGAUACGUAUGAAGGCAUUGACACGGACUGGACAAACAAAGUACAGACCAAAAAUAAUCAAAUGGUACAUGCUCUAUACGAUCAGAAAAUGAUAGACCAGAAAACCAGGCAUCAAUUAAUAACACAUCACGCGACUUGCCCUAAAAUUUACGAUCUUCCAAAAAUACAUAAACCCAAUAGUCCGCUGAGGGUCAUCCUGCCGUGCAUUAAUUGCCCAACAUAUGAUCUCUCAAAGUAUUUAGCUGGUAUUCUCAGACUAUCGAUCAAUCAGAACAAAUACAAUAUCCUAAACUCUUACGAGUUUUGCUCAUUCAUAAACAACACAACGCUGCCCCCGAAUCAUGUGUUGGUUUCGUUCGAUGUCGUUAGUUUGUUUACUUGUAUCCCCGAAGACCUGGUCAUCCAAGCGGUGCGCAAUAACUGGAGUUCGAUAGAGAAAAACACAACCAUCAAAGAUAAAAAAAACUUUCAUAGACCUCAUCGAUUUCAAUCUCUCCUCCAGUUAUUUCGUAUUUCGCGGAGCAUAUUACAGGCAGAAAUCGGGAACAGCAAUGGGUAA